UGUUCUUCUGACUGGUCCUUUCUUUUUUUUUCACUUAUUUCCAAAUAAAUAUACACAAACAUCCCCCCAAUUGAGAAAAAAUGUUUUUUUCUUUAACAAAAGUGCAUUUUUUUAUAUUAUUUUUUCCUGUCUUUUUUAAGGCAUUUUCUCGUGUGUGAAAAAAUAUUUUUUAAAUAUUUAUGUAAGUCUACAUAUAAAUUUCUAUAAAUAAUUUUUUUUUAAUUUAAAUAUUUUACAUAUGUUCUCAAUUUUUUAAAUGUUUAAUAGGCAACUUUUAAAUUAAAAAAAGAAAAACAAUUUUUUUAAACUUUUAUUUUAUUGCAAGGUCAGCGAAGUUUCCUUUCCUCCCAGCCUAUCAAAUAAAACAAAGAUGAAGGCAAGACGAUUAGUCGGUACUGGGAUGGUUGAAUGGGUAAUAAUUUUAUAUCGGAGAGCUCUAAGGAUCAAGUCCUAUUCAAUAUUUUUCUACUUUCUAUUUUGGAUUUACACUUUAUCUCAAAGAAAAUUAUGACCCUAGUCUUAAGUUGCCCUAGAGGAUCAACUUCAAAGAUACCGACAUCAAAAAUUAAAAAAGAAUGUUUAAGAAUUUAUGAAUAG